ACCUCCAUUGCUGUUUACAUCGAUUUGGUCAACAAGGUUUUCACGUGCUAAAUUACCUGGGUUCAAUCUGAAUAAUCAAUGACAGAUAGUGCUGAAUCAGACAAUAAACAUCCUGGUCACAACUAUAUGCAGUUAGAUGAUGACAUAAACCCAUUGUUAUCGUUGAAUUUAGUCUUAAAAUCGUGUUGACAAAUGGCGUGAAGCCCUGGCCUGUACAUGUGAUGUGUAUGUGACGUUUGAUUUCCUGUACUACAUGUACUAGUAGUUGUAGUGCCACUGUGGAUGUAUGGUGGUAUGUACAUGCAGCAUGUGCAUUUGGAAAGGAGAGAGUUACUCCUACUGAUACUGUAUUGAGUGGUUUAAUCUUUCUGAUACCUGUUGAACUCCUUCACAUUUUGUGCUAAAGACACUUUCUCUACAAACAAAACAAUGGGUAACACGGCAGGAGGGGCAAAACGGAGGCUUUCGGGAGAGGAUCCAUCGCCAAGCAAAGAAGGAUCAUUUGAUUUUCUCCCAUCGAGUCCUGAUCCCACAGGAACAAGCCGGAAGGGACUUAUCUAUCAACCAUCGUUGGAUGAUGGUAAUAAUGUGGAAUUUUCGCAGCUGAGGGCUCGAUGUCAAGAUUCGCAGUACGAGCCAAUUUUGUUGCAGAAGGGUCAUACUCCUGAAAAGCCAUCCAAACUGCCGACUGUAUUUAAGUGGACCGGUGGUGGGAAAGAGGUCUCUUUAAGCGGCACAUUCAGUGGAUGGAAGACAAAAAUACCCAUGGUUAAAAGCCAUGGAAACUUUUAUACCAUUGUCGAUUUACCUCAGGGAGAGCACCAGUACAAGUUCUAUGUAGAUGGCGAGUGGGUGCAUGAUACAAAUGAGUUAACUGUACCUUGUGGUGUCAGGCCCAGGGAGGAGAUGUCAGGAGAUCCAGAAAUGGAAGCACUCGUUUCGAAUGACCUAGGAACACAGAACAAUUACAUAUCGGUGAAAUCCUCUGACUUCGAAGUAUUUGAGGCACUUGCUCAGGACAGCAUAGGUAGCGUCAGUUCUUCCAAAUUGUCAGGUUCUCCCCCCGGGGAUUAUGGACAGGAGGUCCCUGUGAGAAGAGUGGACAAACACACUGGUGGACCGCCUCUCCUACCUCCCCAUUUACUGCAGGUCAUACUGAAUAAAGAUGUUCCUAUUCAUUGUGAACCUACGUUAUUGCCAGAACCCAACCAUGUUAUGUUGAACCAUUUAUAUGCUCUGUCAAUAAAAGAUGGUGUCAUGGUGCUUAGUGCUACGCACAGAUACAAAAAGAAAUAUGUGACGACGUUACUCUAUAAACCAAUCUAGUGGUGCCAUGUACAGAUUAUUGGUUGAACUAAGCUAUCAAGGACAUGUCAACACGAAAUUUCCAUUCUCUGUUUGUUUUGCACUUUAGUGUUACCUGUGGAUCGAGACGGUUAACCAAAACUGAAAUUGUAACAAGUCAUGCGACGCAGUGUCAUCAUUCUACUCUAUGGUUUAAACUGAUACUCAAGCUGAAGAAUUUCAGACUAUGAAUUCUUCUUAUCUGCAACCAAUGGAGAUAUUUAGUUCUGUGUUUUGACAGAUGUUUCCUACUUGCGUACUAGAGAAUGCAUGAUGACUAGUUCUUCAUGAUCCGUUGGAUUUGAUCCUUGAUACAGUGUGCAACUAUGAUGCAUUAUCUAAACUUAAAGCUGCCAAUUCAAAUGAUGGAGUGUCCCUUCGGUUGCUCUGGUUGUAAACCUUGAUUUGAGAGAUGUCCUUGAUAGUCCUAUUCGUAGAUAAGACCUGUAGCUUAUUAUUGUGCUGUUUAAAACAAUGUUGUGUAGUUUGAUGUGUAUGUAGAUGUAUUGGAUUCGCAAGAAGACUCCAAGUGUGAUUUGUACAUAGAUGCCUGAGCUUGUGUGAAUAUCUAGGUUUAGCAUUUAUCCCAUGUGCUUCGCACCAGUUGCGACAUGUGACAUAACUUGCUAUACAUCACCCACAGCAAAAGGGUUCAUAAAUGGUCUUCGUUCUACCAUUUGUAAAGAUUAUACAGUAGAACCUCUCAGAUAAGAAUUCACUCAGAAUGCUGUCCUCAGAGAGGUAUUCUGAUAAUAGAGGUCAGUCCGAGUGAAACUGACAAGUUUUGAACCGAAAACAAUGUCCUUGUUGGAGGGGGUGUCCUGCGAACAGACGUGUCCAUAAGAGAGGUCCCACUGUAUAUGGAUAUACAGAGUACAGACACUUCAACUCCUUCACACUUGUAUAGGUUUCAUGUGUAAUGUAUCAUUAUUGGGGGAGUCUUUCGGCAAUGAUGAAAAUGUAGAUUAUGACUGUAUAUAUAGUGGUGUUUAUAUAGAUGUGCUAUGUUCUGUUGCCACAAAUUGGCAAGUUGAUUAUAAGUUCCUGGUUGUAUAUCACUUCACAAUUGGAUUAUUCUCUUACAUCAAUUAGGUUUUUUGUGCCGCUUGUUUCACCCUGUUAAGUAUAUAUGAAGUAGAUUCGGAGCCAUUUCUCUUGGUCAAUUUGUCUGUUUCCUGAUGAGUGCCUCUUGCAGUGAAAUGGUCGUUGAGGUGAGGAAACAGGGUCUCAAAGCUCUGUUGAUUUUGAUGUCAGAAUCACCAAAAGGCUGACCCCGUGUUUUCCAAGUACUCGAGCUCCACCACUUGGGGUGCUGAUCUGGAAAAAGAAAAAUUGAGAUGUAAUUACACGAUAUUCCAAUACAACCACAUGGUAAAAACCUGAUAGAGCAGAAGCUUGUUUUAUCUUGUACAAAGUGCUUGCCCCAUUUCUUCAAAAAUAUACAUAAUAAAAACAAAUAAAACAAA